AUGGCCAGCGAAAGUUUAAACAAUGCUGACGUCGGAAAGGCUCGAUCCACACCAACCUCGUCAGAGGAAGCUAAGACUAGCCCAUAUCACUUGCUAGGUGACUACAGGUACGCCAGCCCAGCCAAGAAUCCCACAUUAGUCUUACAAUUCGACGAUGGAAACAAGUCGUUGAGAGCUUCUUACACAAACGCUUCCAGCAUCAUAAAACACGAACUUGCAGAAGCUGACGAUCGGCAGUAA